AUGGAGCCUAAAAACACUGAAAGAAGCAGCACGUCUUUCCAGAAACGCCGGGGUCCGACAGCGUAUACCAGUUUCAGAGAUAUGAAGUACCGCAAGCGCCGCGAAGAUAGCAUCACUAUUUCUAUUGAUGACCACACUCCUUCCAAGAUUUAUCGAACCGGAUCAACAGUCAAGGGAGUGGUGGAAAUCAAACCAAAAUCGCUGCUCCGUUACACAGGCAUAGCAAUCAAGCUUGUGUGCGAUUCGAGUGUUCAACUCCCUGGGAGGUAUUACGAAACCUUUUAUCGCCAUCUAGACCUUAACAUGCCUGUCGAGGAGCGCCUGGUGCCUCGAGUAGAGAAUGGACAUCCGGUGAAGCGCUACCUUCACGCUGGUCAGACAUACACAAUACCAUUCUCCUUUGAACUAUGCGAUCUUCACGACAGCCAAGCUUGCCCUCAUGAUGUGGUAUCGUCAUACGUCUCCGAGCUUCAUCAGCAACUUCCACCGAGCCUCGCUGGCAUAGAUAGGGACGCCAUGGUUCCAUACGGCAUUCGCAUUGACUAUACCAUCAUCGCGACCCUCGCUGACCUAUAUUGGGCUGGAAAAGAAGCUAGCCACACGAUUCAAUUCAUGCCCAGAUUCUCCAAGCAGCCAUUUCUGGGUACUUCAAGCACGGAUUCGACUCUGAAGCUCAGAGCGACACAGCAGCUAGGAUCGAGAGAUUUCUCUAGCAGCCCAGGGCAAAUCACAUUAUCUGCAGAGGAACCUCACAUUUUAGUUCUUCGGGACGGUGGCAGAAGCUAUCAGACAACCGGAAUCAUCACAUUCCUCCAUCUAGAAUCUUCCAAAAGUCAACCCGCUAUGCCCUCCGAAUGCAUCCUCUCUGCAACACUCGAAUCGCAAACAUGGUCGCAAACAAAGCCUAUGCAAAAUCUUCCACAUAUCACCAAGGCAAAAAAUUGCCACAGCGUCUCCAAACCCCUCAUGAAAGAUAUUGAGUUUGACUUAGGCGCAGGUCAUCGUUUUGCUGCCAGCCUUGUCGGCAGGCAAAAGGGUUUACUUACCGUCAUUCUACUCUUGCUUGACAGCGAGGACAUAUUGCUUACAUAUUCUGGUCAUUAUCGCAUCGGUACCGUUGAGAUUGGCUCUGCCAUUGCAGAUGGCUCUCGAGAGUGA